GCCUAUUCGGAGUAGGUUACAUCUGAGGGUGCCACUAUGGAGGAGGAAGAUUGGGACGAGGAGAUCACAGAUGACAACAGGAGCAGCACUAGUGGUGGCGGAGGUGGCAGGAGUGCUUUGCCGCACUUCAAACCCAGCUUCGAAAAGCUGGUGGGUGGCCCUGGGAAUCCACAAAUUAGGGGCAGCUUGUCUACAGGAGCAAAUGAAACCUCAUACAAUUUCAAUCAGAAUGCAACCCCCCCAGGACAUGGUUCCACUGAAAAUGCAGCUCCUUGGGGUCGUACGUUUGGAGGUGUUGGUGGAAAACCAAAUGGAGAAGACAAACCAAUAGGUGGAUUUGGAAGUGGAAGGACUUUUGGAAACAGAGUUACAUCUGGAAAUAGAUUUGAAGAAAGACAGUUUUCAAGCUUUGAGAGAGAAGUAGUUGAUGAUGAUCAAGAAAGCCAGCCAAACAGAGGAGCUCCUAGGAGAGGAGGAAUGAGUGCUGGUGGCAAUAGGGGUGGAAGAGGAUCUGGCAGAGGAGGAUUUGGGCGAUUUGGAAAUGAUGAAACUGAGCAACAAGAUAGAAGACAGACUUUUGGUGGAUUUGGUUCUAAAAGAGGAGGGUUUGGCGCUUCAACUGGUGACUCUGAAAAUAGAGGCAGAGGAGGCAGAGGUGGCUACAAAGGAAGUAACGAAGAAGUAAUCGGAGGUUUUCGAAGAGGUAUGGGGAAAUCGGAUGGUGAUUCAGAAGCAGGUGAUAGUGCUGGUCCAAAGGUGACAUACGUACCACCACCACCACCAGAAGAAGAAGAAGCCAUCUUUGCACAUUACCAGACAGGGAUAAACUUUGACAAAUAUGAUAACAUUCUUGUGGAAGUUUCAGGACAUGACCCCCCACCAGCAAUACUGACCUUUGAAGAAGCUAAUCUAUGUCCAACAUUAAUGAAGAACAUUGCUAGAAGUGGUUAUCUUAAACUUACUCCAGUGCAGAAAUACAGUAUUCCUAUUAUAAUGGCAGGGCGUGAUUUAAUGGCAUGUGCCCAGACAGGAUCUGGAAAAACAGCAGCUUUUCUUAUACCAAUUUUGGCUCAUAUGAUGCGUGAUGGAGUUACUGCCAGUCAAUUUGAACAUCAGCAACAACCAGAAUGUAUAAUUGUAGCCCCAACUAGAGAACUGAUAAACCAGAUCUUUUUGGAAUCAAGAAAAUUUGCACAUGGAACUUGUAUAAGACCAGUUGUGACUUACGGAGGAACACAAACAGGUCAUUCACUUCGUCAGAUAAUGCAAGGUUGUAAUAUAUUGUGUGCUACCCCUGGAAGGCUUUUGGAUUUCAUAGGCAGAGAAAAGAUUGGGCUGAGCAAGCUACAAUAUUUGGUGUUAGAUGAAGCUGAUCGCAUGCUGGAUAUGGGAUUUGGCCCAGAUAUGAAGAAAUUAAUUUUAUCUCCAGGCAUGCCAUCAAAGGAAAAACGCCAAACACUAAUGUUUAGUGCCACUUUCCCUGAAGAAAUCCAGAGGCUAGCUGGAGAAUUCUUGAAAGCAGAGUACUUAUUUGUUGUUGUUGGACAAGUAGGUGGAGCCUGUAGUGAUGUUCAGCAGACAAUACUUAAAGUGAAUCAGUACGACAAGAGAGAGAAGCUUGUUGAGAUUCUCAAUGGCACAGGUGAUAAGCGAACCAUGGUGUUUGUGGAAACUAAGAAAAAAGCAGACUUUAUUGCAACCUUCCUUUGCCAAGAAAACAUAGCAACAACAAGUAUUCAUGGUGAUCGGGAACAGAGAGAGCGAGAAGAAGCUCUUUAUUAUUUUCGUUCUGGAAAAUGCCCUGUUCUUGUUGCUACAUCAGUAGCAGCAAGAGGUCUGGAUAUUGAAAAUGUUCAACAUGUCAUAAAUUUUGAUCUUCCUUCUGCAAUUGAUGAGUAUGUUCAUAGGAUUGGACGAACUGGGCGUUGUGGUAAUAUUGGCAAAGCAACUUCUUUCUUUGAUCCUAGUUCAGACAGUGCUAUUGCACAGCCUCUAGUCAAAGUGCUUGCAGAUGCUCAGCAAGAAGUGCCAGUGUGGCUAGAAGAGAUUGCUUGUACUUCUGGUGUAAUUGGUUUUAGCAGUCCAAGGGGAAACAUGUUUGCAUCUGUUGACUCUCGAAAGGUUUACCAUGGCAAAGAGAAUCACCCCAGCGGAGGAGGCGGAGGAUUUGCAGCAUCAAAUAUAAGUGCACCUGAUGAGUCAUGGGAUUGAGGCUACCACCUGUCAUGGAACUAUGUUCUUAAUUUACCAUGCUAAAUCUUCCAAACAAGAUGGUUAUAUGUGAAACUGGCUGGUUUCUAAACACAUUUAUUUGAUUAAAAACCCUGUGAUUUCAGUGUGACUUGCUUCUAAGUAAAUGUGCUUAGGAUUGUGACUUUAAAAUGUUCAAGAAAUGGUUAAUGUUCUGCCCCCUGUUGUUCAGGAAAGGUGAUUGGGAUAAACAUAAAGGAGUUAUUUGUUUUUGAAUUACUUAUUUUGCUGAUCUGUUCAAUGGUUGUGUGAAAUAACACCAGUUUUCCACAAGGAACUGUUGUAAAUUAUUGUAAAAACACUUAAUAAAAACUUAGGAUCAUG